GCCCAAAUGUUAGACUCUUGUUCUCGUUUUUAUCUGUAGGUCGUCGGCUGCUUCCCCGAUCUAGUAUCGCAGCUUCUUCGCGGAAAUCGUAUGCGGCAGGCCUCGUCGCUUGCUGCAGGCCCGGCCGUAUAUGACUGGCAAGUUUCGCUAUUCAGCAAAGAAAGCUCCAAGCCUCGGUCAAAAUCUGUAAUCACAUUGCACCACUUCAUCAAGAAUCAUUCAACGACCUAUUCCCUUACGUCCCGCCUUUGGCCGCACGAUGGAUUUCUUCAAAUCAACGAUCAAGAAAACAACAGGCUCGUGGGGCUGUCCAUCGAGUUCAUGAGAAAAGAAUAAGCCAGACAAGUCGGUGCACUGAGUGCCGGGCGGCACAAUACGAAUCGAUGGCCUCGACGAGACUCAGACAGAGUGGGCUCGACUAGGAUCACAUUCUUUCAAUGUGUCUGCCUGUGUAG